GUGGUUGAAUCGAAAAUAACAAUUUUUUUGUUAUUUGCAUUACACUGCAUAUAAAUCGAUCAAUCGACAGACAUUGAAACUAAACAUCAAAAAUGGAAUCAUCAAGCUACCGAUUUUUAUUUAUGGAAUUGAAUCCUAGCUAUUGGCUAGGUAAUUCCAUUCUUAUAACAGUCAUAUCGAUACCAUUCUUUUAUUACAUCUAUUCACGAUAUCGAUUUGGCUAUUGGAAACGGCAAGGUAUUCCUGGCCCAAAACCGACACCAAUUAUUGGAAAUAUGUUUUCAUUGUCUAAACCGCAACCUUUGAUGCAAUUGGAAUUUCAGAAACAAUUUGGCGAAAUUUAUGGAAUUUAUCGUGGACUUGAACCAGCACUUGUUGUGGCUGAUCCGGCAAUUAUCAAACGUAUUCUUGUUCAGGACUUUCAUCUAUUUCGUAAUCGUAAUGCACCUAUUAAAUCAAGCAAUAUAGCUUCCCAGAAUCUAGCUUCUGCUUGUGAUGAUAAUUGGAAACGAAUUCGAUCGAUUUUGUCACCAAUGUUUACUACAUCCAAAUUACGUAAAAUGGAAGGCCUAAUGUCUCAAUGUAUUGAAUCACUUGUGAAUGCAUUAGAUCGGCUUGUCGAUCAGAAAAAAUCAUUCAAGGUACAUGAUGUAAUGGGUAACUUCACAAUGGACGUGAUUGCCAAAUGUGCAUUUGCUACGGAAACCAAUGCCCACCAUGAUAAGGAUAAUCAAUUUGUCAAAAAUGCCCGUUCCAUAUUCGAAUUGAAUAUUGUUGCUGGUUUGUCGCGUUUUUUAUUGCCACAGUGGCUGCAAGAUUUUUUACGGAAUAUUCGUGCUCCAUUCUUCAGGAAUGAUUCUUCAAGAUUUUUCAAUGAUAUCUCUUAUCAUUUGAUUCGUCAACGACGUAACAAUCCUGAUCUUAAAUUUGAUGAUAUGCUUCAGUUGAUGGUGAAAGCCGAACAUAAAACUGGACAGUUUAGCGACGAAGAAGACAAGUUUGAUUCACAUCACGUCAAUGUGGGUGAAGAAGAAAAACGACAAGAAGAAAUGAUUCUCAAAGACAUUAUUGGUUCCAAAUAUCUAAGUGAAGAAGAAAUUGUGGCACAAUGUUUUGUUUUCUUUUUGGCCGGUUAUGAAACGACUGCUUCAACCCUAACAUUCUGUUUGUAUGAAUUGGCAAAAUAUCCAGAAAUACAGGACAAACUCUAUGAAGAAGUACGUGCUGUAUUGGAUAAAGGCGAAAAACUGGAUUACGAACACGUUAUGCGAAUGCCAUACAUUGAUGCUGUUAUCUCCGAAACACUUCGACAUCAUUCACCGGCUGUAGCACUCACACGAAUUGCUGCUGAACCUUAUCAUAUACCGGAAUGUAAUUAUACGUUGAAAAAAGGAGGAAUGGUCCGUAUUCCGGUAUACGCUAUCCAUCAUAAUCCGAAAUACUAUCCCGAACCUGAUCGCUACAAUCCAGAACGUUUUAUGCCCGAAAAUCGUCACAAAAUUGUACCAUAUACAUAUUUACCGUUUGGUGGUGGGCCCAGAAAUUGUAUUGGAAUGCGAUUCGCUUUGUCCGAAGCAAAAUUAGGUCUAGCACGAAUAAUUAGUCAAUUUUCAUUCUUUAAAACACCAGAAACUCCAAAUGAACUUCGUAUAGAGAAUAGUUUUGUGCUGAUGAAAACGGUUCCUGUCUAUGUAGGUGUACGUAGACGUAAUUAAUUGAUUAAAAAAUGAAAAAUUGA